AUGAAGAUACUCGCAGUUCCGAAAAAUCUGUCCGACGCGGUCGCGCCUCUUGUGAUUAUGAACUACCUAGUAGGACUCCGUAUUUUCGAGUAUCCUCGUGGAAAACUGCGCACCGUGCCCAGCCUGAUCUACUUCCUUCUCCUGUUCGGCAUCUUCUGCGUGUGUAUGCACACGCAGCACAAAUUCUACAAACAAUUUCAACUGCUGAAACUAGAGUAUGUCUUAUACGAGUUCAUGAUCUAUAUGUAUGCCUUCGUCGUUAUUUACGACAUGAUUCUUGGUUACUUUUACACAAAGAUGUAUACAAUAAACAUCAGUUUCGUCACCGUCUCCGAGUUUUCGAUCUUCGUGAAGUGCCUGCAAAUGAGAUUCAAAUUAGUUAAUGAACUCCUGAGCGAAGACGCGGCGGUGUCGACGACGGAAGGAAUGAAACUGGAUCUCUUUGCUGUGGAGGAUUACGCAAAAAUCACAGACAGCAAACAACGCAAGAACAUUCUCUCCAUAAAAGUGUUGUCUCACUUGAAUCGGCAGCUGCAGAACCGAAUACAAACUUGCGUAUCAGGAAAACGUAAUCUCGUUAGAUCUCGGACUCGAUCUCGUCUGUCGUCUCAACUCCAAAAGCAAUUGCAAAUAGAACUUCAGGACCAAUCCAAGAACCAUUCGAAAAAUUCAAAUUCGGCCCGAAGAUCAAUCAUGAUCGCUGAAUGUCGGAGACGCACACACUUGUUGCAAACGAUUAGACAGGUGCAUCUGGAACUGUGCAGGAUAUUAAAGAUGCUAUGUACCAGUUUUGGCAUACAAAUCACUUCGGAAAUCGGAGUCUCCAUCAUAUUACUCACUGUAUUUUUUUAUAAUUUGUACAUUCUGUUUAUCCAACGACGACAUAGAAUAGUAGGUCACUGUUUGAUAGAUGAAUCCUUUGUGGUGAUCAUGUUAGCAUUAACUAACGUGCUAAAGAUCGUUAUCAUAAAUCGCAUUUGCAAGCACGCUACAAACGAGAUUCAGCAGUUUGGUCUUCAGUUGUCGCAGAACCCGGUGAAGUUCUUCACGUUUGGCAUCUGUUUAAAUUACCACGUCCUCAGCUCGUGUCUGAAAACUGUGAUGACUUACAUGGUUAUCAUGAUACAGAUGAGCAACUCAUUGGAGUCGAGCAAGAGCAGUUGA